UUUUAUUUCCCACACAUUCAUUUGUAAUAGACGUGUAACAGCGGAGCCGAUGCGGCGUUUGUUGUCGAUUGAACAUAAUCCAGCCGGGUUGUUUAAAGAGCCGUGCCGAUGCGAGCCGACCUCCGGGACAACCCGUGAACUUGUUAGGAUUAUCGUAGCUAGCCCGGCAGGCUAAUGCUAGUUAGCAUGAUAGGCUACCGUUAGCUAGGGCUCACUAAUCUCUUUAAUAAAUACAAGACAAACAGCAGAGCUGACACACGUGACGCGUGUUGUGCACUGUUGUAUUUCAACCUGUGUUAUACAUGUAUUAUGUUGGUAUUGUUACAGUGGUUUAUGUGCUCUUUUGUGUAUGGUUUCAGUGUUUUGUAAUCACUUCAUAGCUGUAUCAAUUACACGCUAUAGCGGUGGCUAGCUAACCUUAGCUUGGGAGAGGCAACGCUACUUUAAAAGUUGGGUUGUUUCGACACAUGUUAUUUUUGCUGUUAUGUCGCACGGUUUGUCGAAAGGCCAGAGAGGCUGGUUGUGUUUCGUUCUGGCUCGUUUAACCCGGGUUAACAUGCAGGCUAAAUCCAUGCAGUCCACAAGGACGAACCAGGCACAACGCGCGCUAAACUUACUGAUAACUUCAGAAACUCUGGAACAAACCCUCCCAAUGGUCUUCCACAAUAUUCACCCUCUACGAGUCAAACCUCGUGGGUGAUUACUGUAACUCACAGGGUAGAUAAUCCUCCGCGCGGUACUCAUGUGGACGUUGAAGUUUGCUGAUUACAGUGACAUCGAAGUGCCACGUUUAUUCUGCACUUUUAUAGCUCCUCGUGAUGCCACCUGCAGAAUCAACCGACAUGAUUGCAUUCUCUGUGCUCAACAGGGUCUGCCAAUUAAUUAAAUCACAACAGCUGCAGACACUUACAGCAGCACAAUCCGAUCAACAUGUACUGGAUAAAUACGCCCCCUCCCACAAAAUCACUGGUAACCAAACGCUCUGAGUCACACUUGUGUUAAAUGUCAUGCAUUAGACACUAGAGCAGAAAGAAACAAGACAUCUCUGAAGUUAGAAACCUAGUGUUUCCUUACACUCCCAUCUUUCCUUCUCUCUCCUUUUCCCCCCCAGCAGUCACUUUUUCUUUCUCUGGUUUCCACUCUUUCAUUUCCCCCAGCAAACGUAGUCCUGUACCCAGACAAAGGCUGCACCACUUUGCAAGCUCAGUCCCCCCUCUUUUGUUGAGUAAUCUUACUUCUUUGACCUCAGUGGGGGGGCUGAUAGGGCUCAGCCCACUCAAGGAUCCCCACUUUCUCUGCUGAGGUGCACCAACCCCCCCAGGGAUGUGAAAAGAAGCCAGAGGAGGCUGAGUGGAGACUGAUUGUUGGGUUUUAGAUUGAGUUUAGUUUAGUUUAGUUGUUAUUUCUUCUGGAGCUUCUAGCUGUCCAUCACAUUAGAAAGUGUUGUGCCAUCUGUUUUUUAUUUCUUGGUUACUAUCUCAGGAUAAGCUCAAAGGUUUGUCAUGUUGUUGGUGUCACAUCCGGGUUCAACAGGUCAUGUUAACUCGUGCACCUCUCUGAGUUUCAGUGGAAGUGCCUGGCAACACUCAGUGCAGUCAUGUUUAUCAACCGGUUAUUUAUCUGUGUUUCUGUUAGGAAAACCUAAAGCCUGCUCACCACCUGGCAGUUAACUGUGCGUAGCUAUUGCCUCAUAAAACAGAGUCAUUGGGGGUUAGACUCUGAGAUUUAUUGUGUUUCCAUGGAAAGAGCAGGAUGUCAUUAUGAUAGGAAACACACCAAAUGUGUUUGGCUUUUAGCGGUAAAUGUAGAACUUAUAGAUCUAACUCACUCUAUGCGUCCUGACUGACCACAUCUGUUCUCGCCCCUCUAGAAGCCACCAUGCCCGGGGAGGGUCCCAUUUCUCAGCACCAGUCAUGGUGAUAUGAAGCCGGUGUGAAACAUUGACACACACACACAGACUCACACACAGACGGUCAGUUAUUGACUGACACGGCCGGCCAGCUCGGUAGGCGGGCGUGUGUAAUGGACAGGUGUAAGCAUGUGGGGCGGCUGCGGCUGGCCCCAGAUCACUCCAUCCUCAACCCCCAGAAGUGGCACUGUGUGGACUGCAACACCAGCGAGUCUAUAUGGGCCUGCCUGGGCUGCGCUCACGUGGCGUGUGGCCGCUACAUCGAGGAGCACGCCCUGCAGCACUUCCAGCAGCAGCACCACCCGCUGGCUAUGGAGGUUAAUGAACUUUACGUGUUUUGCUACCUGUGUGACGACUACGUCCUGAAUGACAACGCCACCGGAGACCUGAAGCUGCUGCGUAGCACGCUCAGCGCCAUCCAGAGCCAGCGCUAUGAGGUCACCACCCGCAGUGGACGCACCCUCCGCUCGGCGAGCACCGCCCCCGAUGCCCUCAUGCCAUCCGGUGCCCGCGAGCUGCAGCUGAGGGACGAGGACAGGAUGUUCACGGCGCUUUGGCACCGCCGCAGGGCGCUCAUGGGACGUGUCUUCCGCCUCUGGUUUGCGCUGACAGAAUGCGGAAAGAAGAGGGAGGAAGAAGAGAGGAAGAGGGAGGAGGAGGAGGAGCAGAAAAGGGAGUUGCGGGAGAGGAGGCGGGCUGUAAAGAGGCAGCUACAGGAGGAGUUGGAGAAUGCCCCUCUCAGGAAGAGCCGCCGUUUACGCUGGAAGAGCAAGAGAGUGGCUGAAGCGGCGGUCACAACGCCGUCUCAGAGGACGCGCAACAAGACAAAACCCCCUGUGACCCCGCCUCUCACCCGCAGGCCAAGGACUCAGAGCCCUGCCACCGUUACCCCCAGGAGAAGUGGAAGAACGAAAAAGGUCCAACCAACUCCCAAACCCUGCACCCGUUCGUGCACCUCCAGAUCUAGGCCCAAACCCCCCUCAGAGACCCCCUGUUCUGCCCAAACGCCUGUUCUCCGCAAGCAGACUACCAAACAGGGCGGCUCACCCUUCAAACGGCGUCCCACGGUCACUCCUGGAGUGACGGGCCUGAGGAAUUUAGGCAACACCUGUUAUAUGAACUCCAUCCUGCAGGUGCUGAGCCACCUUCAUGUCUUCAGGGAGUGCUUCCUGCGCCUGGAUCUGACCCAGGCACUGGAGCUACUGGCGUCCGCCGUCCACGGCCAACUGGCAGGGAAGGCCCCGUCCAUGUCGCCCCUGAUCCAAAGGAGGGGGUUCCAGGCCAGUUCGGGUUCUGGGGCCGGGCUGAGCGGCGGGGCGUCCCGGACCCGCAGCAUGGAGCUGAUACAACCCAAAGAGCCCAGCUCGAAGCACAUCUCCCUCUGCCACGAGCUGCACACCUUGUUCCAGGUGAUGUGGUCGGGCAAGUGGGCGCUGGUGUCGCCUUUCGCCAUGCUCCACUCGGUGUGGCAGCUGAUCCCGGCGUUCAGGGGCUACGCCCAGCAGGACGCUCAGGAGUUCCUGUGUGAGCUGCUGGACAAAGUGCAGCACGAGCUGGAGAGUACCGGCAAGCACACGACCACAGCGGGAGUCCCACAGAAACGGCUCAUCAAGCAGGUGCUCAGUGUGGUCAACACCAUCUUUCAUGGGCAGCUCCUCAGCCAGGUGACGUGUCUGGCCUGCGACCAUCGCUCCAACACCGUGGAGCCUUUCUGGGAUCUGUCUCUGGAGUUCCCCGAGCGGUACCACAGUAACAGCCGGGAGUCGGCCGCUCACGCCUCGUGCCAUUUGACGGAAAUGCUGGCCAAGUUCACGGAGACGGAGGCGCUGGAGGGAAACAUCUACGCCUGCGAGCAGUGUAACUCAGCUCGACGGCGGUCGUCCUCCAAACCGGUCCUCCUGACUGAAGCACAAAAACAGCUGAUGGUCCACAAACUGCCUCAGGUCCUGAGGCUUCACCUCAAACGCUUCAGGUGGUCCGGGCGGAACCACCGGGAGAAGAUCGGAGUCCAUGUGAGCUUCGACCAGCUCCUCGACGUGGAGCCCUACUGCUGCCGAGAGCCCAAAGUAGUGCCCUGCUCCAGCCCCAGCAGCGCCGCGGGCUCACCGCGCCCCAAGCACUUCCUGUACGACCUCUCCGCCGUGGUGAUGCAUCAUGGGAAAGGCUUCGGCUCCGGCCACUACACCUCCUACUGCUACAACACAGAAGGAGGCUUCUGGGUUCACUGUAAUGACUCUAAACUGAAUGUGUGUUCGGUGGAGGAGGUCUGUCGUGCUCAGGCCUACAUCCUCUUCUACACACAGCGAGUAACUCAGGACAAAGACCGGCCGCUAUAGGACCACAAUCCCCUUCAUCCUCCUCCUCCUCAGCACAGCCCCCCCACCUAUCGCUCUCUCUCUUUGGGCAUUUUUAUAUCCUGGGAGGAAAAAGGUGUUUUUAAAAACCCAGUUCUGCUUUGUGAACUUUUUGUAUACUUCUUGUACAUGCUGUUUAUAUGUAGGUAUUUUUUUAAAGAGAAAAUGGUGACAUUUGUGAUUUGUGUACAGGUGUAUUUUAUAAAGAAAAAAAAAAGAAGAGUAUCAGCCAAGAUGUGUCUCAGUAGCAGCCAGCAGGUCCUACAGGUGCAUUCACACACCUGCCUACCUGCGUCUGCUGGCUUGUUGAUUGUAAAUGUUUUGUUUUUGUUUAAAUCAACUGAAAAUGUCUCUCAGUCACUUUAGAUAGUCGUCACAGAACUGGAUGUAGGGUCGUCAAGUCAUUCACUCACUAGAGACGGCCUCUCGGCGGCCAGAAAUGCACUAAUUUCUAUAGAAACGGUUGUUAGCUUUUUGCUUUUAAAAAAAUGGGGUUUAUAGUUAAAGAUUUGUACACAAGCAGAGCAGGACGUGUAUUCUUCUCUCUGAAGUUCUCCUGGGUCUGUCAGACCUCAAGCCAAAGCCUCGGAGGAAGUAUAUGGAAAAACCUCUCAGCAUUUCCAAAACGGUUCAACAUUUGUGUUUGUUUUUAGAGAACCGUCGCCGAGCCAGACGCAUACUAGUGUUCUAGUAAAGUGCCCUUUUGUCGAGAGUAUAUUUUUAUAGCUCGUAUCAAUUCAGCAGGAGUGGAAUCUGCACCCAGACCAGCAUUUAGAUCAUGAAUGUAUUUUUAUACGAUCCUCGACUGUUUUUUAAAAGUUUUAUACAACCGCUGAUUGUUCGACACCACCAGCAGUUAUGACUGUCCCAUCACCGUUGAGUCGUGUUUGUGUACAUGCUGCAUUUUAUCUCCUGUCCACAUGUCUGCCGUGUACACAGACUGAUAUUUAUCUCCAUACUGGAGAGAAACUGUACAACAUAAAAGGUAUUCUCCACCUCAACCAUGUUCCCUUCAAAGCACACUUCAUAUCCUGACACAUUAACGGCAUUUUGUUUUGGUUACUACUCUAUGAAUGUGUGUGUGUGUGUGUAAAUGUAUGGAAGUUAUACUAUGCAAAUUGUUACCUCAAUUUCAUCUAGAGAAAAUUACCUCAAUAAAUGAGAAUAUUUUUUCAUUUUUCUACAAAAGAUGCCGUGUCUUUGCUUGUCCGCAGUUUGUACAGUAAGUUACUCACGUCUGCUUCAUUUACGCAUCAUGAACAGUCUCUACUCUACCAUCAAGUAUUUUAUGAUGUACUGGCUUCAGAUCAUGCCGAAUAACUUAAGUGAAUAUGAAGUUUCUUUGUUCCUAGAACAGGUUAAAGUCGGAUACACAUCCUUACUUAUAUACAAAACUCAGAUGUUACUUCAUGUGCACCACGGUAAUUAGGCGUGAUCGGACGUAUAUACACACAACAUAAAACACUGCGUAUUAUAUACUUGCAUGCAAGUACAUAAAACACUGCGUAAUAUAUACUUGCAUGCAAGUACAAUUUACAGUGUUUUGCUCGGAUCAUAACUCUGCCACACUUCUGAUCUGUGAGCAAAUUUCUUUAAAACUGCAUCUUUAAAAAGUAAACUUCUCAUGAGACCAGAAAGGUGGAGAUUGAGGCACAAAAAGAAACGGACGGGUGAGAACGUUCCUGAAUAAGAGGUGAGAACUAUUGUGGAGGGGAUGCAGGUAUUCCUGUAAGUAUUAUAAGUAGAGCGCAGAAUAGACUAGUCUGACAGUAUUGUGUGAUUUAGUAGGAUACAUGAAAUCCCAGCUGAGUAACAGACGCUGACAUCUGCAAAUAAACCUUUUGGUUUUUCUGUAUAUUUGUCCAAACUCCCAACUAGGUCCCUAGUAUUCUAUACGUUGAGGGAAUAUGUGAUAGAAACUCUUAAAAGAUGCGUAAUUGAGAAACUAAAAAGCUUAAAUUACAAUGAAUAUAUUAGUUGCACCCUCUGAACCUUUAAAGUAACUUAUGAAGUUAAACUACUUACUUUAGCGAUGAUAGUUUAAGUCUAAAUCUGCAAUGACACAAAAUGUUAGGAUGUGGUUAAGAGAGAGCUUUGUUUCUGACUUUAAACAGGUAACUAAUGGUUAAAGCUCUAGAUUAAUCGCACACGACAGACCCAGAAUGCGCAAAAUCAUUUUAAUCAACUCUUUUUUUUUUUCUUCUUCUUCUUCUUCUUACAAAAACAUUUUCAGGGAGUUCAAAAUGAAGCCUUUUU